GUGAAUCCCCCCGCUGCUGACCGUGAGUUCCAAAUCUGCCUCCCACAGGCUCGAAAAGUGUGUUGUUGAUAGCCAGACAAUGGAAGAAGAGGCAGGCCGCAAGAAAAGACGGAGGAAGACCACGGCCAGAAGAGUCGACGAAACCAAGGACGCCGGAAUGGAGGAAGAUCAUCAGGUCCAGACCUCACAGCACACUUCCGAGGAGCCAGCUGAGGACGAGAGUGCCCCUGCAGCAGCCGACUUCAGCUCACUGCUCGACAUUCGCCGCAUGCUUAAUCCCACAGCCGUCCGCCAGUCGCCACGGCCGCCGCCCAACGAGAAAACGGGAGAUCAAGACGAUAAGGAUGAUGCCGAGGACGCCAAGUCGCUGUUUGGUGAAGGUGGUGUCACUGAUCAGGGUGCUGGUCCACCGUCUGGUUCAUCAGCGACGGAAGCGGCCACUCCGCGGCCCGAUUGGACGUCGCGAUACUGGGUGGUGCAGCCCAUGAAGGCAGCAGCAGCAAUGGCUGAUGAAGAGCAAGAGGAGAAGCAAGGUGGUGGCCAGAGAAAGAAGAGGAAGAGGAAGCGGGGCGCCUCUGCUGAUAAUAACAAUGGGUUUGACGAGGGAAGUGUCGGUGGGUGGUUCUCCAAGUGGGGCGUUGCGCUGCAUCCGAGGGUGGUGGACGUGCUCAGACGCAACUCGAUUGGACAUCUUUUCCCAAGUGAGACCGUGGCCUGGACGACACGACGGGCGGAGAGGGCCGCGUGUGUUUGUGUUGUGUUGUUUUGUUAUCUCUUAUGGUAUUGUGUUGUGUUGUGUGCAGUUCAGGAGGCUGUGAUUCCGUUCUUGCUUCGCGGCUCCGAUGCCGACGUGGACUCUUCAUUCGCAUCGGACAUGUGCGUGGCGGCGCCCACAGGUGAGGGAUACAUGGAUGGAGGGAUGGAUGAAUAUAUGGGUGGAUGAGCUGACAGAUACACACAACCGCACGCACACACGGACACGGACGUUUUCAAUGCCAAUGGCUUCACUUCUGUCUGUCUGUCUGUCUGUCUGUCUGUUUGUCUGUGUCAGGUCAGGGCAAGACUCUGUGUUACGUCAUUCCGAUCGUGCAAGUGCUCUAUGACCGACUGGGUAAUAAAUACACAAUCCGGUCAAUCACAUUGCAAUGGGAUGGGAUGGAUGGAUUGAUACUUACUUUCAUCCCUUCGCCUUUCCUCCUCCCCUCCCCCUGCCCGUCUGCAUUGCCCGCAUUCAUGCAGUGCCCCGCAUCCGUGCAGUGGUGAUCGUGCCCACACGCGAGCUGGCCGACCAGGUACACACCGUCUUCAACAAAUUCUGCGGCACCCCGCACGCAUCCUACACAGGCCCAUCCACAGCAACUCUUCGAGCAGUGUCUCUCGUCGGCCAGACGUCCUUCAGCGAGGAGCUGCGGCAGAUCGGCGGUAGCAGCAGCAGCAGCGGUAGCGGCCCCCCUGACAUAGUGGUGUGCACCCCUGGUCGGCUUGUGGAGCACUGUCGACACGAGGGAGGGGGUGGAGGCAUCUUCGCGGCCGUCCGGUGGCUUGUGCUGGACGAGGCAGACCGGCUGCUCACGCAGGUGUGGGCGACAGACAUGUACCCGUCGAUGCGAUGCCUUGAUUCAUUUCCACAGGGGAGCAUGUGUGUUGUGUGUGGUGUGGAUGCAGGCGUAUCAGCAGUGGCUGCAGGUGGUCAUGCAGAUGGUCCAUCGGCGGCAUGGACCACCUCAAGGCAUGUCGGACGGUCCAGGUCGCCAAAUGGUCAGCCUCAACACAGGAAGAUGCCCGCUUCAGAAACUACGUAAGAGGCAUGAAAACCAGAUACGCCACACACAGAAGGGAUGGACCGGAUCCCUCUUGACCAUGUCAUGUGUGCAGUGCUGUCAGCGACCAUGACCAAGAACCCCCAGAAGAUGGCCCACCUGCAGCUGCACCGGCCCCUGUUCUUCCUCUCGUCAGACACCGGCCAGUACGGCACGCCGGCAUCCCUCUCGCAGUUCUAUUGCGUCUGCCAGGACGACAAGAAGACCCUCGCCCUCACACACAUCAUGCUCCACCUGACGGGCCAGGUCUCUGCUGCCGGUGAGGAUCGCCUGCGGUGUGUGGUCUUCUGCGCCUCGCGAGAUACGGCCCAUCGGCUGGCCAGGCUGCUGCAGAUCCUCGUCCAGAUGGAGGCAGGACAAGGGCAGGAGGGUGACGAGCGUGAAGAGGGUGGUGAUGGUGGAUUGUCUGGCCUUCGCGUGGCGGAGUUUUCGGCGUCACUGAAUCAGCAACGGCGGUUCAAGCUCAUGAAGGACUUCAAGUGACAUUCGUGGGGAAAUAGGUGUGUGUCCACGUGGAUGUGUGUGUGUGUGUGCAGGAGCGGUUCGAUUGGGUGUCUGGUGUGCUCCGAUGUGGUGGCCAGAGGUGAGAGCGAGCCCAGCAACGACUAGUAGGGCCCAUCGUGUGCAUGCUUGGCACAUGUGGUGUGGCCGUGUAGGUAUCGACAUCAGCGAUGUGGAUGGCGUCCUUAACUAUGACGGUCAGUCAGAGAGAUACUCCACGCCACGCCCGCAUAGCAUACCCUCCCUGCACACGCCACACACACGAGCUGCCCUGCCUGCUGAUUCGAUUCGGUCAGUGCCGACGUCCCUCCGCACGUACAUCCACCGAGCUGGCCGCACAGCACGCGCAGGCAGGCUCGGGGCGACUUACACACUCGUGCGGCCCAAGGAGGUACAGACAGACAGACAGACGGACGGACCCACAUGGACUGGACGGCAGACCAGACAACAUAACAUGUUUUGUGUGUGUAUGUAGAUGCAUCACUUCAAGGGGAUGCUCAAGAAAAGCGUCGACUCGUGGUCAGUCAGGCCAACAAGUGCACCAUCGAUUGGCCAUUAUGGGCCUCUCUGUCUGCUGUCUCUGGGAUGUCAGGGACCGAAUUCAGCGCCACAGCGUGCCCAUCGAAUUCUACCGUGAGAGGGCCCAAAGGUGAGGUGAAGUGAAGGACAACACAACACAACACACACGGUUGGUUACUGCGAUUCUGAUCGAUGGUAUGGAUGGAUGGAAGUGUGUGAUGUCUCUGUGCAGGCACCGUGAUGCGGUGGAUUUGCUGCAGAAGUGCCUCACUCUCGAGAGCAAAGGCCUGAUCCGGUCCACCGAUCCUGUCGGGGCCCCCCUCUCAGACCUGCAGAGUGAUUGACUGACUGACUGUACAGGGGACAUUACUUGGAUUGCAUGACGGUGCUUGAGAGAAGGAAGGGAGACCUUCACAGUUAGUCGCCUUCACCGACAUCAUGUCACUCACGACCGAUGAACAAAUCCGUACGGUACAGUCAGCCAGCUCCACACGAGUGCCG